AACAAAGGAAGUAGCUUUUUUGUUUUCUUCUCUCUUACUGUGCUCAUCAGUUUUUGCUGUGAUGCAUCUUUGGCAAGUGUCAGCAAUAUCAGCUGUAGUCUCAGAAGCAGAACCACUCUCUAAUUUCUGUAUAGUAAAUUCUGGGUUGGUUUAGUUGCAGGUUUUGCUUUUUUCCUUUUCCUUCCAUGUGAAGUCAAGAAAUGCAGCUUCAUCUAUUCUCUGCCACCCCUCUUUCUCUCUCAGGAAAAGGAAAAGAGGAUGAAAUAAAGAAGAAAGAAGGGUCACCACCUUGCAUAGAGCUGUCUUUAGGCUAUGGAAGUUCAAGCCAUGUUGUUGAGGAAGAUGAAAAAGAUGCCAAAUCCUCUAACUCUCUGUUCACAGCAGCUCAGUUUCAAGAACUUCAACUCCAAGCUGUGAUUUUUAAGUAUUUAGUUUCUGGUCUUCCAGUUCCUUUUCAUCUGUUUUUCAUCAUUUGGAAUAGUGUUUCAAGCUCCUUGGGUGACGGUGGAAUCUACAAACUAUAUCCUACCUUGGGGAGAUUUGAUUAUACGAGCAUGACAGAUCCUGAACCAGGAAGGUGUAGAAGAACUGAUGGGAAGAAAUGGAGGUGCAAAAGGGAUGUGAUUCCAGGUCAGAAGUACUGUGGGCAGCAUGUGCAUCGAGGUCGACGUUCAAGAAAGCCUGUGGAAGCUUCUGAACAUGUUAUGAGAUCAGACGAUACAAAUAUCAUUUCCAAGAUAACUAAACUGUAUGCCAGUUCCGAUGACCCUGGCAGCAAAUGUGCUCCUGCAAGUAGUAAAACAUCCUGUUUGUCUUCUACUAGCAGAAGUAACCAAUACAACAGCAUCGAGGACUCAUCUGUUAAACCAAGAUUCAUCAAUUCUGGCAACGGCAGUGAGAAGCAAGACAACUACAUGAUUUGCAAUAGAAAGGACAUCACAACGUCCGUAAGAACCCCAUCUUUCAUUUCUGGUGACAAUGCUGACAGUAAGAACAUUGAUUUCAAUCGUAUUAGUCCCAGCAAAACCAACCAAAAACAGAAUUGCGGAGAAGCUAGGAAGCAUGGUGCUUUGGUACCAAUUUUUGGUCUAUCUACAAAGAGUGACCUGCAACACUCUAUAGGCUCAGAAGCUGACCAACAGAGGUGCCGAAGAUCAGAUGGAAAGAAAUGGAGAUGCAGCAAGACUGUUGUUCCUUGUCAAAAGUACUGUGAGACUCACAUGCACAGGGGAGCCAACAGAAAAAGGGUAGCCUCUGUCUCGGUUGUUGUUCCACCUUCUAAACCUCCUUCAUACAGGUUUUGCCCACCCGAAAAUGAUGGUACUCGAAGAAACUUGAACACCAGUCUCUCCAUUUACACAAUCCCAGGGCGCCAAAACAUUACAGAUGAUGAAUCUAACAGUAACAGUAUUAGUGAUGCCACCACUAUCACCGAUGAAAUACCAGCAUUUGUGUCGCAUUAGUAGAUAAUCGCGGAAACUUUGUGUUGUUGGUGUUCUUUUUGGCAAGAUGUGUGAACUUAGAGAGUACUUGAGAAAUGUCCAUCAAGGUGAUUUUGUGGCCAUGUACAAGUCCUUAGCUAGUUUGUAAAUCUUUUAGGAUUGAAAAUUCUGUUUUGUAAUAGGUUUUGAUGAGAUGAUAGACAUGUACUUUUUCCUACUA